ACGCUUUUCAUUGGCUGCUUUGUUCAGCCAAUCAGAGGAGGCAUUGCUGUCUGCUAGUUUUCUUUCCUCCACGUGAGUCCGUCAGCUGAAGCUAGCAGCUCCGCCAGCAUGCUCCGUCGUGAGGUGAGGCUGAGGCGGGAGUACCUGUACAGGAAGGCGCAGGAGGACCGGUUGCGAACAAUAGAGGAGAAGAAGCUAAAGCUGAAGGACGCCCUUGACAAAAACGCUCCGCUGCCAUCUGAGGUCCGCAAAGAUGCCCUGGGGCUGCAGAAUUUGGUGGAGUAUGACGACGAGGGGGCAGAAGGCGUCAGUUCUCACAUGGAUGACGAGUACAAGUGGGCCGGGGUGGAAGAUCCCAAAGUGAUGGUGACCACGUCCAGAGACCCAAGCUCCAGACUCAAGAUGUUUGCUAAGGAGGUGAAGCUGAUGUUUCCUGGAGCCCAGCGCAUGAACAGAGGAAACCAUGAGGUUGCUGCGCUGGUGAGAGCCUGCAAAGCCAACAAUGUGACAGACCUCGUCAUCAUCCAUGAAACCAGAGGACAGCCAGACGGUCUGGUGGUUUGCCACCUACCAUUUGGACCCACAGCUUAUUUCACGCUCUACAACGUGGUGAUGAGGCACGAUGUUCCAAACAUCGGCACCAUGUCGGAGGCCUACCCCCACCUCAUCUUUCACAACUUCUCCUCACGCCUGGGCAAACGGGUGUCGAAUAUCCUGAAGUAUCUGUUCCCGGUCCCCAAGGACGACAGCAGGCGGGUCAUCACCUUCGCCAACCAGGAGGACUUCAUCUCCUUCAGGCAUCACACCUAUAAGAAAACUGACCACAGGAACAUAGAGCUGACAGAAGUGGGACCUAGAUUUGAGAUGAAGUUGUACAUGAUCAAGCUGGGUACCCUGGAGAACGAGAGCACAGCGGAUGUGGAGUGGCGUCAUCACCCGUACACGCACACGGCCAAAAAAAGGAAGUUCCUCAGCGUGGAAUAAGAAGGAGUCCAUCAACCAACUGUGGAGUUAAUUAAUGCUUCAGGCCUCGUUAGAGCAGCCUAGCAGAAACUAAAGGCCAUCAGUUAUACUAACCUUUCUCACGUCUGUAUAUAUAUCUAUAUAUAUAUAGAUAUAUAUACAUACAUAGAGAGAGAGAGAGCGAGAGAAAAAAAAGGCUGCAGUAAUUCUGGGUUUAAUUAAAUAUUUCCUCCUGGCAUCCUGAUUGGUUGCGUCCAUUUUUACUUUUAUGUGAUUUUUUUCUUUUUAAUAAAAUCCGUUUAUUAAUUGUG